GGUGGUGACAGUGGAGAAAGAUGUCUUGGGCCCUGCCCCUGAACCAGGAGCCACCAUGUUGGUGAUACCCCCCGGACUGAGCGAGGAGGAGGAGGCUCUGCAGAAGAAAUUCAACAAACUGAAAAAAAAGAAAAAGGCAUUGCUGGCUCUGAAGAAGCAAAGCAGCAGCAGCACAGCCAGCCAGGGCGGUGUCAAACGCUCACUCUCUGAGCAGCCUGUGGUGGACACGGCCACAGCCACAGAGCAGGCAAAGCAGCUGGUGAAGUCAGGAGCCAUCAGUGCCAUCAAGGCUGAGACCAAGAAUUCAGGCUUCAAACGUUCACGGACCCUAGAGGGGAAGCUAAAGGACCCUGAGAAGGGGCCAGCCCCCACUUUCCAGCCGUUCCAAAGAAGCAUAUCUGCUGACGAUGACCUGCAGGAGUCAUCCAGGCGUCCCCAGAGGAAAUCGCUGUAUGAGAGCUUCGUGUCUUCCAGCGAUCGGCUUCGGGAACUGGGGCCAGAUGGGGAAGAGGCAGAGGGCCCAGGGACUGGUGAUGGCCCCCCUCGAAGCUUCGACUGGGGCUAUGAAGAACGUGGUGGUGCCCACUCCUCCGCCUCCCCUCCCCGAAGCCGCAGCCGGGACCGCAGUCAUGAGAGGAACCGAGAGCGGGAGCGGGAUCGAGACCGGGAACGGGAGCGGGAGCGGGAUCGAGACCGAGAGCGGGAACGAGAUCGAGAUCGGGACCGGGACCGGGAGCGGGACAGGGAUCGAGACCGGGACCGGGACCGGGAUCGAGACCGGGAGCGGGAGCGGGACCGAGAGGGCCCUUUCCGCAGGUCGGACUCGUUCCCGGAGCGCCGGGCCCCUCGGAAGGGGAACACUCUCUACGUGUAUGGAGAAGACAUGACGCCCGCCCUCCUCCGUGGGGCCUUCUCUCCCUUUGGGAACAUCAUCGACCUCUCCAUGGACCCCCCCAGAAACUGUGCCUUUGUCACCUAUGAAAAGAUGGAGUCAGCAGAUCAGGCUGUGGCUGAGCUCAACGGGACCCAGGUGGAAUCCGUGCAGCUCAAAGUCAAUAUAGCCCGCAAGCAGCCCAUGCUGGACGCCGCCACCGGCAAGUCUGUCUGGGGCUCCCUCGCUGUCCAGAACAGCCCUAAGGGUUGCCACCGCGACAAGAGGACCCAGAUUGUCUACAGCGAUGACGUCUACAAGGAGAACCUUGUGGAUGGCUUCUAGGAGUGGAGCUGGAUGCCCUGUGCCUCAUGUGCCCCAGUGCUGGUCUCAGUAAACACUGAGGUGGACCCACACACCUCCCUCAGCCUCUGGUUUUUCAGCCCUUGGGGUUGGGGUUAAGCCUUUAAAAACGGCUGUCAGUUGUUUCAUCUCAGUUGUAACACGGCCAGUGCACGUCCCCCCUCCCUUACCCCAAAAAGAUGUGCAACACAGGUUUUUUUU